UUUUGACAUAAAAUGUAAAUAUUCUACCGUGUCAUAGACAUAACAAUGCAGUUGGAUCAGAGUCAAAUAAUGGAUGAUAGAUAUUGUUCAAGGAGGUAGUUUGAGAAGAUGGAAUAUUUCACUGAGUCUCCGUGUUGAGUUCUGCAGAAGAAUGGCGUCAUGGGAGAAGACACCAGAAGUCAUUUUGGGGAAGAUUUUUAGUUUCCUCUCGACACUGGACAAAGUGAAAGUGUUCCACACCUGUUCUUCUUGGCGCAAGGCUUUAGAGCAGGCCAGUGCAUGGCAGCAGUUUCAGUACUCUGAAGGUCGAAUUUGGGAUGAAAUUUUCGAGACCGGUAUUCCGUCUUCCCUGGACGACUUAGAACAGUAUGAGGUGGUCCAUCAGAGUAUUUUGGAAUGUUUGGAAAGAUUUGGAAGAUAUAUGAAGAAUAUCUCUAUUGCCAUACGAAGUACCUCAUCAUUUGAGGUCUACCAGAAAAUAGUGCACAACUGCUUCAAUGUAAGAAAUUUUUCUCUCAUUUCCAUGUGUGCAGAGUUUUCAGAAAUGGAGAUUUUGAAAUGCACCAUGCAUGAGUUUCUCCAGAGAAACAACCAGAUAAGAAAGUUAGAAAUCGAAAACAUCGACAAUUCGGGGGUUAAAAAUGCACCCCUGCCGAUUGGACUGAAACAUUCGAGCCACCUUCAUAGUUUAUGGAUUGUGAAUUCAUUUAGCAGUAGCCUUCUGAGUAACUUAAUGUAUCUAAUGAACCUAUCAGAGUUAGCAUUGACUCCCCAUCAGUUAAACUUCAGCCUCCUCAAACAUCUGGCCUCUCUGUCUCUUAGAGACCUCCACAUAGUAGCCAAUUCGAAAACUCGGGGGUUCUACAACGAGGCCAUCAGUGAUGCCCAGUGGGGGGAGAUCAGAAGGCACGGCCCCAAACUCAGAGUCCACUGUUUCCUUGCCAAAUCUCACGAAUGGACAGAAAAGGAAGUCUUCUUGAAGCCGAGUAUGCCCCUGACAUCUCUUGUGUACAGAAAAAACGUUUGGAUUAAAUAUUUAGAGUCCGUGUGCACCUUGAUGACAUACCAUAGUAAGACUCUGACCACAUUUAUGGACUUCAGCCUUGUUCAUCGGCCCUAUAAUUACCCUACCCCACUGUGUUACGAGGACAGAGUGGACCGUCACAUGAUCAGACUGUCGAGACUUUGUCCCAGACUUCAGACUCUCUCGAUUAAGGAGGCUCUGUCCAGUGCGGCCAUUCUUCUGAUGGUGUAUCACAAUAAGAAUCUCACAGAUCUUCUUGUUCGACAUGACAUGAUAUUAUAUGUUAACGAUCUUCCUGAUGAAUUGCUGGAUGAUUUAGUUGUGAAGGAUUUUAUUGAAGAUAAUUAUGAGAGGGAUAAUUUUGAAAAUGCUGUUUCAUCCAUGUUGGGAACAGAAUGGCAUACUUUAGAAGUAUCUGAAUUUUUUGAAAUAAUGGAUUUGAAAUAUUCAAAAUUUUCAUAGUAUUGGUUUUAUAAAUGUUAUAUAUGUAUAAUUGAUAUUUGUACAUGUUACAUGCAUAAGAGAAUGAAACUUGUCUGUUUGUUACACAAUAAAACUAAAUGAUAAAUCAGUCAAAA